AAUGUAAUCAAAAACCUUUUUUGCAGAAUUCAAGAAAAUGACCAACUGAAACAGUUACAUUUUUUAAUUAAUGUUAUACACAAGUUUACUAGUGACGCCGAUAUAAAUUCAUUUGAAGACGAUGAGCGAGCUAUAUUGACAAGAAAAGGUGUCAACGAUGAAAAAAGUUCCUGCAUAGAAAAAGGACAAGAGAUUCUAAAAGUUCUUUUUGAAACAAGGAAACGUUACUUACAACUAGAGAAAGAACUACAGGAAUUAAGUCUUCGUUAUGCUAAAUGGACAGACGAUAUGAAUACAAGAGAAAAGGACCAACAAAAGGCAUUUCUGUCACAACUAAACAAAAACGAAGGAAAAAUCAAAGUAUAUAAAAGCGAAAUAGAAUCAGCAGAAAAGAAAAUAAAACAAUUAAAAGAAGACAACAGUGUGAUAGCUAAGGAAUUGGAUUCUCUUAAAAAUGAGUCAUAUCAGAAAGCGAAGAACAUGUUACAAAGCCACAAAGAUGAGGUCGACUCAUUGAAAAGACAAAAUCAGGAUUUACAACAGUGGCUAUCAAGAAAACAAGACGAAUUAAAGAGUUUGAAGGCAGCAAGGGAUAAUUCAGUCAUUGAAAUAAAAAAAGAAAAUCAGAAUCUUCAGCUUAGGUUUGAUUCGUAUUCUCGUCAAAUUGAUUUACACCAGCGACAGACCGAAGCAAAAGAAAAGAGUUUGAAAAUUUCAAUUAAGGAAAAAGAAGACUUAAUUCUUGCUCUAAGGAAAGAAAAAGAUGAUCUCCAAACAAGGUUGAGUAGUGUGGCAGGAGAGAAGCUGACGAAGGGAAAUCCAGCCAUUACAGACCUAGGAGAUCCAAAUCGUCCAAUGAAGAUUGGUGAAAUGUACGGUGAGCUGUAUGACAAUGAAUGGACAGAUGCUAUGGAAUAUACCGACACAGUUCAGGGUUAUUAUCCUGACAAGAAAAAAUCAGAAAUAGAAGAAAUUGUCAUUCGCCAUCUUCACAGAUUACUAAUAUGCUGUUACACGCAUUGCGUAAAAGUUUCUGCGGAGCAGCUUUGCACCAUUGGACAGAAUGUUGCAGUAACAUUGUAUUUGAAUUUGGAUUCGGAUGAAAAAUAUUCGUCAUUCCCUGGAAGUAAGGAAGUUAUUAUCAAAAGAAGACAUAACAUAGAGAAUACCAUAAAAUUCUUCCUAGAAAAACAGGUUAUUGGAAAGGAAAUGGUUGUGCAGGGCUGGGAAUUUGAACAUAAAAACGAGAAACUUAUUUCGUCAUUAUUAAAAACAACUUUCUUUGAAAAGUGUAUUCAUCUCUGUUGGUCAAUGGCAAUACAGGAUCCGAUGAUGCAAUUAGAUAAAGAUCUUCAGCCAGGAACAGUGUUUGAUAAAAGUCAAUACAAAGAGUUUGUGAAGAGCGGUGAUACAGUCAGUUUUGUUGUUUGGCCUGCACUGUAUUUGCAUGAAAACGGUCCCUUGCUGUAUAAAGGUGUCGUGCAGGCUUAUUGGCAGUAAUGAUUAUUUCUUAUUAACUAUUUCUGAGCGCUAUUUUGUCAAUUGACAAAUUAAACAAUUGGUAAUAUUAGCGAUUUACCUAUGUAUUGUGUUUAUUUAUGUAUA